GCAAGGUUUGAACUACGAUCACAACGGCCUCACUUCUGCUACCGGUAGGAUCGGUGGGACUCGUAGCCUUCGUCUUUCGUUGACACGUCUAGUCACAACAUCAUGUUCUACGUCCAUGAAAUUCUCCACCGCCGGAAGGGAAAAUUUGGGCUGCUCUGGAUGGCGGCAACCUCGCCCAAGUCUAUCCGCAAUAUGAAUCUGCUGAAUGUAUCCUUGGCCAAGCUGAGUGAUGAUCUUCAGCGCGAGCUGGCCCAGGGCAUCAGUGGCCGGAAGUCACUGCGCUUUUCCCUGCGGCUGUCGUGCCAGCUGAUCAAGGGGCUCUGGGUACUCUACCGCAGGAAAGCUGUCCUUGUCCGAGCCCAAGUAGAAGAGUGCUUUCGAAUGCUGACCAGACGAAGGCAGCUCAAGACUACCAACAUUGACUUGCCCCCACCAAAGCGUCGGAGGCGCGUGGCUUCGACGACUGACGUGCCAGAUGACUUUGGCAAGGUGUCCCACCCCGUUGCCGCUCCCGAGGUGAUCGCCGACGUGCUGGCAGUUGAUAACGUUGCCGAGGCACCUGGGCUGACGGUGGAUGCUGAGACAGUGACACUCCGUGAAGAUGUUCCCAUGGCGCAGGGUGACCCUCUUGAGGAAAGCGUGAUCCCUUUGGAGGGUGAAGACGAAGCAGACAUUUUGGAUGAGCUGGACAGGCUGAAGAUACUAUGCAACGGGGAGCAGGCAGCUGGUGCUGGAUUCGUAGCCACCCCUCCUCUAGCAUCCGGGGAAGAACCUGCCCAGCCAAUCUCGCCUAUCCCCAGGGCUGAAAGCAGGACACCCCCUCUUCCUCGGACGGAUCGUCACAGCAGCCAGUCACCGAGACCGGAAGAGCCUGCUGUGGGGGAGCCGAUUGAGGCCAGUGACGCAGGGCCGACUGAGCCGCCAGCCGUAGCCGAGCCGGAACGGAGGACGGCCGAGGACGAGUUGGAGGAGGCCGUGCCCGUUGUUUCCGAGGGCGAGCUGCCCACGGCUGCUAUCGCUCCUCCAGUCCAGCCAGACGUCGAUGCUGCAGCACAGCCUCCGCGGGCACCGAGCCCUGCAGUGGCUCCCGUCCCAAGACCAAGGAGGCGCCGGGUGCCCAGGUCACCACCGUCUGGGGAGCCAGCGCGCCGCCGCCGCCGCCGCACUCGUGUCAUCAUCGAUGAGGAGACGGAGAUCGACAUGGAGACCCUGCGGCAGAACCUCCAUGACAGCGUUGCUGCGCCUCCUGCGCUGGAUCGCGUGAGGCCGUCCGCAGCGCACGAUGUAGAGAUGCUCUUUCGCCAGCCCGGCCGUCGGCUGCUUUCCGACCGCCUGCUUGUACCAUGGCAGCGAGUCCGGAUAUUGCCGGAACCAAAUGACGAUGAGCCAUCCACGAUCACUGAAGAAAUGGUUCCUGAGCCUGAGCCAGUUCCUGAGCCAGAGCCUGAGCCAGUUCCUGAGCCAGUUCCAGAGCCAGUUCAUGAGCCUGAGGCCGAAUUGGUUGAAGAACAGGAGCUGCCCUCAGCUCAUGGCCUGGAAGUGGCCAGGGAACCUUCACUGCAGGACACCUCAACUGCCAGCGGAGAGGGGAAGCUGGCCAUAAGGACCUCUGUGGGUCCGUCAAUGAGCGGGAUUCCUGAGGAAGAGCAGCAAGCUCAAGUUCCUGGGGCCGAGGAAGACCAGCUGCCCAUUCCAGAAGGGCAGGCACCACCCGAGGAUGAGCCAGAGCAGGCUCCUGUGGCACCAGUUGCAACUCCUGAGGAGACUAUGGUGCAUGCUGCGCCUUCGACAGAUGCCCCCCUGGUCAAGCAAGGCCCCAUGUUACACGUGUGGGAGCGGCUUCAGCUAUUCACCGACGACUAUGGCUUGUGCACCAUGGAGGCACUGGUCACACCAGACGCCUUCAACCGAAGGGCUGUGGCCAGCGUCUUCGGCACACUUCUGCGUCUUCACAAGCGCCAGAUGGUCCACCUCAAACAGUAUCGGCCAUACGGCCCAAUUGUAAUUGAAGUCGACCAGGAAGAAGAGGGCACCCCACCGCAGCUCAGCCCCUGAGCGAGCAGCACUGGAAGCAGCAUCAGUGUGUGCCUUGUUUGCCAUAUAAAAUUCUUCAUUAA